GAGGAUAUAGGGCUUCUUCGCUUGACGCUUCGGCUCGCGUCACGCGUGCUCAUAUAGCAAAGCAAAACUGUCUAGCGGCGACCAGUUUACGCCGCAGCUGCUCCGCAUCGCGACAUGUGGAUUAUAAAGCAUCUUUGGCGCUCGUAACGAAUUUUUCCUUCGGAAGAAAUUAGGAGAAAUCGCCAGUGGGCGUAAUGGGAUACGCCGUUUUUCCCGUAUUUUUUAACUUUUGCCAAACGUCUCUGUUAAAUGACACUUGAAUUAUUUACAGUUGCCUUGCAAGUUUAAAAAAUCGAAUUAUCAAGUGACUAGUUGGCUGACGAUUUUGUUGUUAUUGUGUUUAUCGACAUGUUUAGUUCUGUGAAAAUGUUGACCCCGCUUCAACCAACACGUGUCCUUAUGAUAAUAGUAGCUCUUUUUCUGUGCUACAUCAUAUUUAUGGAUUAUGUAUUGUACCAGCGAAUGCAGAAUUUUUCCAUCAGGCCAGUGAAAAACGAAAAAAAUUAUGAUACUUCUGUACCUUGUGAUAUUGAUCCUUUCUGUGUCGUAACUGUGAAAGGAUUAAUGUUGGACUAUCCAAAUCUUUACAUUUUGAGUCCAUUAGCAGCUGUCAUUGAUAGAAUUCUUGGCAUAAGUAGUACGUGGACUUGGAUAACACCAAAUAUGAUAAGUGCCUUUCAUGUUGUUGUAGCUGCUUUGGCUGGACAUUGUGUAGCAAGUAGUUCAUUAGCUGAAAGAAGAUGGGGUGUUUUGUUAUUUGAGUUUAGAACAUGGUUAGAUGAUUUGGAUGGUCAUGUAGCUAGAAGAAGAAAAAAUAUCAGUGGAGAGAGGUCUGACAUUGGAUCAACUGGCUAUUGGAUUGAUGGUAUUUGCGAUGCUCUAGGCUGUGUAGCGCUGAUUAUUGGUGUAUUUAUUUUUCUAAAAAGAAAUCCUCCACGAAGAGGAUAUGAAAAACUACGUAAAAUAUAUCCUUGCGUUGAAAGUCAAAAUACUGAAGUCAUUUAUAAAAGAUUAAGAUACAAGGCAAUGGUUAGAAAUACGUUGCUCGUCAUUGGACAUCUCAUGAUAGUGUCCACUGCUUGGAACAGAUACAUAGCAUUAUAUCAAGAUUUAUUGGAAUCUGAUGAUAAUUCUCUUGCUAUAAGUACUGAUGAAUUGUACAACAGGCAAAGUAAAGUGAUGAGAUCAGGAUUUUUUUGGGUUGUUACAACUUUAUGGAGACUCAUUAAUUUCCACACAGCCAUAGAUUAUCUUUUGAUAGCAAUAUUUAUAGAUAGGCUUUGGGAAUAUAUGAGGUUUGUAAGGUGGAUGGGUUACAUAAUACCACUUGUUGUUGUUUAUCUUACUGAAUUUCAUUUUUUGGAAUCAUAUGCCUAUGUCUUGAAAGGAUCUUUUGGAUUUGUAUCUAAAUCAUCUGAUUUUGCAGUUCACAACAUAACUAAUGGAAAUUAAUUAAACCAUUGAAUGACUUGUCUCAUUACAAUCAAAUAUUAAAAACAAGUACAAAUAAGUGACUGCACUAGAAGAUUCAUUCAAUUAAUUUUUAUUUAAGUAAUCUCAUAUCUAUUUGUAAGAUAACUAGUGACAAAAAUGUACCAGAAAAAUUUCUUAAAUUUCUAAAAAAUUUUCAAAAAUGUUUUAUAAGUAUUGAACAAUUUUUGUAAUGAGAAACUGCAAAGGCUGUGAAUUAAUAGAUUUUUUUCAUAAAAAAUGACUGAAGUAUUUAUAAUCUGAUGUAUACAUUUAACUGUGUUAAAAGUAAGAUUUGCUUGCGUCCUCUAUAGCUUUGCAAUCAUAAAAUAACUUAUACGUAAAAGUAAAAAUUAAUUACUAAUCAUAAAAAAGUAUAAAAAUGUAUUUUAAUUUUUCAAAUAACAUAAGUGUUAUAUUGUGGUGAAUAAUAAUAUAGUUUUUCAAAGUGGUAUUUUACUAUCUAUACGAGUAAUUGGUUAUUUUGAGUGACUUGUAUUGUUUGAUAUGCAUAUUAAAUAUUAAUGUCAUAUGAACUCCUGGAGAAUACCACUUGAAAGAAAAAAUGUGUGCCUAUAUAUGUGAUUUUAAAACGUGUUUAUUCUGAAGCUCUAUUUUCAUUGUUAAUAUUUUUUUGUUAUUAUUUCAACCAAUACUUGCUUAAAUUUAAGCUAAACAAUGAAAAAAAAAUUUCUUCAACAAGGAUUACUGAGAUUACACAAUGUUUCAAUUAUUUACGAUAAUUUAAUAGCGUGACAAAUGAACUUGUAGACUUAUUUUUGAACAUUCGUUUCGAAUCUUAUCAACAAGCAGCUCAUUGAUGUGGGCUUAAAAACUACAAAAAAUAUUAAAUAUGUAUAAAACUAACGUGUGUUUAUAAACAAAUUUCAAUCUCACGAUUGUACGAGUUUGAAACGAGCUAUCUGUGUACAGAAAUUCUUUUUUCAAGUGGAAAAAAUAGUACAUAAGAAUAUCGAUUAAUAAGUUGGAAAAUACACCGGCACCGUCUUCAUCAACAAAGGGAAAUUAGUAGAGGCGAUGUCAACGGCAUCGAUGAUAAUGACAAUGAUGCAGCUAAAAUUUAAAGAAGGGAGAUUACGCUCGUUACACACGGGCAUUAAAUGCGUAGAAUAUUUUUUAACAUGUAUGCACGUUUAUACUUUGCCGCAUAGUGAGUAAUAUGCACAUAAAAUAUGUGUUAUAAAUUUAAGCCAUUGCGUUGUAGAUGCAUAUUGAAAUGUAUGAAAAAAAUUGAUAUUUCAUGUAAAAGUAGCUAAAAUUAUGUAUAUUUUAAUAUAAUUUA